AUGCCUAUUGUCUACGUGCCCGUGCUGAAGAGAAGCCAAGUAUGCGUCUUUGAGGAGUCGCUUCCAUCACCGCUCUAUGGCAGAGUGUCAGAGGACGAGUGGAGCCGAAUAAUGAAGUAUCUAAACACCGCCCUGCUCCGAAGAAGGGACAGGCUUGUCUUUAGAAUUCUCGCACCCUUUUUAAUAGGCAACAUUAUGAGAACAUUUGCCCAGCGGUAUGUCGACAGACAGGUGGAAAAGUACCUGGAAAAGAAGAACCUUAUUCUAAGCCAUCGAGGCGUGCACAUCCACCACCCAAAGGAGAGGCUCUACUCUGGAAUGGACGUCUCCAUAUGCAUAGGCGUUGUGUUUCCUAUUAAUAAUGCGUAA